AUGGCUGACAAAAGAAAGGAAGAAUUACAAAAGAAAAGGGCAAAACUUGAGGAAUUGAGGAGAGCAAGGGAAGAUAGAAAGGCAGCACCAGCAGCAAAAGAAAAACCAGUACAGCAGCCGAGUCGUAAAGAUGAAUUAGAUGCUAUUAUUAGAGAUUUGCUAGAUUCAAAAUCCGGGGCAAAAGUAGAAAAGGAGCAAGCUCCGGAACCCGUUUUUCCCGAAGCUGAAUCGACAGAAACGCCCGAACAACUCCCCACGGAUAUCACAAAGCCUUUGACUACUCCUUCCGACACCACCUCGAGCUCCGAAGCGCUUUCCUCGACUGCUAGUGCUGUGGGAACUCGUUUUAUUCCAGAAUUAACUGCAGUCGACGAAAUUGUGCUAGAUAUUCCACCAAAAGAAAUUGUGUACUAUACAAAAGAUGCGCAAACGAUUGACACUUCGUUUACUCCACCGCCGCCAUCGGAGGAAGAAAUUCGUGAAAAG